AUGCCAAUCACAAGCAAUUUCCUGGCUGCUUUUUCUCUGCCCGAGACCCUGCUUCUCGGCGUCCUGUGCCUGACCGCCGGAUAUGUCAUCUACCAAGUAUGGCAUCGUCCUUUGGCCAAAUACCCCGGUCCGUUGGUGUCGAAGCUCACGCACUUAUACUCCGUUUACCAUGCUCUCAGGAGUGACCGCCACGCCGACCUCUACCGACUACACCAGCAAUAUGGCCCCAUCGUGCGCUUCGGCCCAAACCAUAUCUCCAUCAAGGAUGUUCGCGCCUUGGAACCGAUCUACGGACACGGGGCCAACGUCAGGAAAUCCCGCUGGUAUAGCUCCUUCUACAGCGUGAGCAUCUUCAACGCCACCGACAAGGAUGUCCACGCCCGUAAGAAACGGGUUAUGUCGCAGGCCUUUUCGGACCAGGCCCUCCGCGCCAUGGAACCGCAUAUUAUCUCUAGCAUUCGAGAAUGGUGCGGUGCGAUCGGGAAAGAUGCAAGCUCCAAGAACAAGAGCGGUGCGUCGGACAGGUGGACUGAGCCGAAGGACAUGGCGCAUUGGAGCGCCUGUAUGGUCUUUGAUGUGCUGGGGGAGAUCUGUUUCGGACGGAGCUUCGAGACGUCGAUUAAAGAGGAGAACCAGUUCUUCUUUCCGCUAAUGGCACUGAAUUUAGCCGAUCGGCUGGCGAUCGAUUCGGAGGCGACGCAAAGGAGAGAUAUCAUCUACUAUUUGCAGAAGGCUCGCGACCCUGACACGGGGGAGGCGUACUCGCAGUCAGAGCUGAUUUCGGAGACUACAUUACUAAUGGGAGCCGGCUUCGACACAGCCGACACAGCCCUAGCUGCAACAUUCUACUUCCUCUGCAAACACCCCCCUAUCCUCACUCGCCUCUCCGCCGAAAUCCGCUCCGCAUUCUCAACCCUAGAGAGCAUCAUCUCCGGCCCUCCAUGCAACAAAUGGUCUACCUCCGCGCCUGUCUAA